UAUAAAAGGGGUAUAAACAUUCGGGCGCUAUACUCAAGUCGGAAAUAGACUCUGUGAACAAACCUCAUGCCGAGUAGGCUAUAGUCUGAAAAAGGCAGCAGUUUUAUAUUUCUGUUCAUAACUAAUGUUAACAAUAUUCUAUUGAUUUUCUCUCGUCAACCGAGACGAGUUUGUGACAUCCAUUGCACACUGACAUCCAUUUUGUGGGGGAUAACUGCAGUUGAUCCUCUCUGGUUUAACUAACGCACCAUUUCCAGAUGGCUAGGAUUCGACGUUUCGCGUUGAUGGUCUGCAUUCUGUAUCAUGCACCACUGAAUGCAUUGGGAGGCCGUUCGGAACCUGGACACAGCAUGCUCAAGGAACCUGCUUGCAGCAAUUUGACCUUCGUCACAAGAGCACAGUGGGGUGCCAUACCCCCAAAGAAACGGCAGGACAUGGUGCUCCCUGUCGGGUACGCCGUGGUCCAUCACACUGCCUCAAAGCAGUGCUCAAACCUAAAAGACUGUUCAGUACUGAUGCGCUCUUUCCAACACUUCCACAUGGUGACACGAGGUUGGGAUGACAUUGGAUACAACUUUCUGAUCGGAGGCGAUGAGAAAGUUUACAUAGGGCGUGGUUGGGACACCGUAGGAACACAGGCUGGGUCUAUUUAUUACAACAGUCACUCCAUUGGCACAUCUAUCAUCGGAACCUACACCAAAAUCCUGCCAAGUCCCGGGGUUCUGCAGGUUUUAAAGGAUCUGAAUGAGUGUGGGGCCAAGUCAGGUUACAUGACCUCAAGAUACGUCCUGCGUGGCCACCGUGAUGUGAGGCAACUCGGUCCCACGGAAUGCCCAGGCGAGACCCUCUAUAAAGAGAUCCGAACAUGGCCUCACUACCUCGAGCCCUACAAUAUUUAGGAUCUUAUUCAAGUCUCAGCGUAUUGUACGCAAUUUCUUUUCUUGUUUUCACAAAUUGAUUGCUUUAUGUUUUUCGUGUAUUUUUCUAGGAUUUAAAAACCUGAAUCAUCAAACUAAUUAGGCAUACAGCAUAAACAAAAACUAGGCGCGGUUUUUUAAUACAAUUCCCGCAAUUAAUAAACUACACGGUGAUGUCACAUUUUUCUAACGAAACGAUUGCCUUUUUUUGUAAAAAAAAAAGAGUGCAUCUUGAGUAAACGUGUGUACGCAAUUAUACAUUUUUAAGAUAACGAUUUAGUGUGAGCCUGAUUGUUUUCAAUAAAUAAGUUUGAAUUUUCAGAAAGGGCAA